UAAAUUACUCGUUAUACACACACAUACAUACACAUUUAUACGGUUAUUAUAUUUUAUUAUUAUAUAUAUAGGUGUAUAUAUAUAUAUAUAAUAAAAGUGUACACAGUACUAUCGUUAGUCAGUAAAAAUAUUUUUUGUGAAUUUCGUUAUUAUUUUUCGAUUAUUUUCUCCCGACCAUCGGAGCUCCGGAUUACGCCUGGACGCCUAACGUUUCGCGUGUCGACCGAUGUCCGUGCACUGUUCGCGACUCACCAACACCGAAUCGUACCAACAGCAUUCGUCUUCGUCGUUGUUAUUGCUGUCAUCGACUUCGUGGUCAUUGUCAUUGUUGUAGUGCUCAGUGGAGGAAGUUUGCAUUCACCGGAGACCGCGUUCAAUUGUGACCACAGAAUUGGUUGCAGAAUGUGGUAACCAAUAUUAUAACUAAACAGUUAAAGCGAUGCAGAAUGUAUUUUCCCGAGACAUGUUUUCAAUGGGUACAUUUGAUGGCGGAGUCAAGUGUAAUGGACAUGUCCAAUUGUCUGGACGCUCAUCGAAAAAAGAUCGCAAGGGGUGUAAAAAAGAAAAAAUUGAAACUGUUUUAAAAAACCGGUUUAUUACUCCAGCAAAAGUUAGGCAACCUGUGCUUAAGUUGCCUAAAAUUAAUGUUAAAACUAAAAAUCAAGUUAUUAAGCCAGUUGAAUCAGUAAAGAAUAACUCAGCUAUUGAUCCUGUGGUGAAUAGACCAAAUAUCAAAGAUGAUGUUCUAAAGUUCAAAGAAUUAUUGUACAAAACUACAUCUCCAACACCUCCUCCUGUUGAAGUCCCAGAAAAAGUUGAUGAUCGUUUGUCCACUGUAUUUGAAUCGUCACCAAAAAAGACAAAAGCCAAAAAACGAAAUAAAAUUAAGGCUGAGAAAAGUGUGUCUGGUGGAAAUAAAAAACCUGAUAAAAUAGACCCUCUGAUUGAAAAUGACAAAAACCAGCUCAGCUGCAGUAUAAUUACUAUUCCGCCUAAACGAAAUCAUGCUAAGUUAAGUAAUUGGCAAAAAGAUUGUGGAACCAGACAUGAAACAUUGCAGAGGAUACUAAAAGAAUGUGAAAAAGAAGCUAAAUUGAGGGAAAACUUAUAUCCUUUAGAUUUAGCAUCAUCUGAUGUAUCGUCUGACACUGAUGAUCCAUUAAAUUUAGAGUUAGAGGAUGCACCGUAUCAAAAAUUUUGGUUACCUUCCGAUCAAAUUGAACCUUUAGAUCGAGAUGCUAAAGUGAAAAACUUGCGAUCAGUACUUCGGCGAAGGUUUCAUCAAAUGUCUAACCUUCCUGAUAACUCACCAUCUCCUGAUUUAGUAUUAGCAAUGACAAGCGCUAUACGACAUGAUCCUAUUUGUAUCAAUCAAAUAGUAUGCCAAGAGUCUGAUUUUAAACCUAAAUUUAAAAGUAUUGGUGGUGUGUCUUUGGUACAGCAAAAAUGUUGUUUGGAAAGAUGCCACUAUCCUGCUAUACCAUGCACUCGUCAUUGUUUUAGACAUAUUUUACGAAAUGUUGACCAACUCCUUUUUGAACACUGUUCUGCACGAACUAAUCAAGGACCGUGUACCAAUGCUGUGUUUAAUAUUCGUGAUGUACAGUCUUUGUGCUUUGACCAUUUGUACUCUAAAGACACAAUAAUUCCGACAAUAAUUCCAACUGAGGAAGUACCUGCUAUCAAGUCUAAACCUCGUAAAAGGCCAAAGAAUACUCCAUUUAACAAGCUGUCAAAGCGUAAUAAAAAGAAAAAGCAACUGCCUAAAUUCCCGCUUGAGCCUCCAUCAUAUACGGAGACAAUCGAACCUAAUACUAUUGAGCCAAUUACAUGUACUAACGAUCUGCCUCAAAAUAUCAGUUGUGAUGUUACAUCACUUUACUCAUCUGUGGCCAAUCCUGAUAUUUAUUUACAUCCUGUUGGUAAUAAUAUUAUUACACAUGAAGUAGAAGUUGGUGAUGAAGUACUUGCUGGCUUAGAUGCGGCUGAUUUAGCAAGUCAUGCAUCACGGCUAUUGGAUGAUCAUGAUGAUAUUACAAGCGUGUUCAGUCAAAUACCUGUAGAUGCAUUCAAUGAUCUCUUUACUGUUGAUAAAAAUGGACAGUAUGUACCUUCUCGCGAAGAAACUGAAGAAUUAGAAAGAGCAUUGGAAGCUGUUGACAUGGAUGUCAGAUCGCUUGAAAGAUUGUCACAAUCACACAUGGCCAAUAUUUUGGAUCCUGCUUCACUACUAGCAGACUUACCGAUACCUCCUUUUUCCAGCUCAUAGCAAAUUCAAGAUAUUAACAUAAAUAAGAUAAGAGACUUAAACAGGUGCACAGAUUAGUGAGAAGAGGAUUAAAAGUAAUUAAUUAAUAAUAAUGACAAAAAAAAAAAAAAAAA